GAUUUUCCUUCCUUCGGUAAAGCUCGCGAUCCCAUUUUCCGAUUGAUUCUGGGUUUUUGUUCACUAUUUCCGAUUGAUUCUGGGUUUUGGUGUUUUUGUUGAGUAGUUGAGUUAGGGUUCUUGGAUUGGGCGAGGUGAGGAAUCUAGGGUUGUUGUUUAAUUAUAAGGAGAUAUGGGGGACGAGACGGGAAAUAGAAUGAAUCUUGAUCUUAAUUUGGGUCCUGUUGACCAUCCCCGUGAUUACCUGGACCUGAGAUCAUUCCCUCAUGGUAGCAUUACUUUGGAGGAAUUGUUUGCCAGGCAAAGGAGCCAACUUUGGCCCGAAUCGUCCCACGGGUUGUUGGUCGAUGGCCGAGUUAGGGAAGGAGUUACCCAGAGAAGGCAGUGUAGUGAUAUCCAGAGAUGGUUGUCUAUGCAGAGGGAUCUAAUCCCAGCCCAUCUGAUCCCGGUCUCGCCCGAUGCUUCUUCUGGUGAAAAGGGUAAGGGUGAAGAAGAAAAAGAAGAAGAAGAAGAUGAUGAUGAUAAUGCAAUGAGCUUCUUUGAUUGCAACAUAUGCUUGGAUUUGGCCCGGGAACCGGUCGUGACGUGUUGCGGGCACUUGUAUUGCUGGCCUUGUCUCUACCGAUGGCUAAACCUUCACUCCAAUGCAAGGGAGUGUCCGGUUUGUAAGGGGGAAGUCACGGCAAAGACCGUGACCCCAAUCUAUGGCCGUGGUGGGGGUGGGACUGCUUCACCGUGCGUUGAGGCCGAGGGUUCUUUGAAAAUACCCCAAAGGCCUCAAGCCACGCGGCAUGAGAGCUGGAGGCAAACCAUCCAAAGGUCGGCAUUCACCUCCAUCCCCGUGGAGGAGAUGAUCCGCCGGCUUGGGAGUCGAUUCGACACGACCGCCAAUCCAGAAGAAUCCCCCGAAAGACGAAACUCGCUCCUGGCCCGCAUUCUCACCUCAAGGGGAAUGCGCCGGGAGCAACCGAAUACUGUUGAAACGUAUCUUCGGAACAAUCCCUUUGAAAGAAACCAAGAGGUCUAUACAACCGUUGAUGACAGAGAUUCGGUAUCCAGCAUUGCUGCCAUGAUUCAGUCAGAGAGUCAGACGGGCGACACAGUCAUGGAAACCGAUUCGUCCUGGAGAAGAAUCACUGAUGUGGACAGCGGUGAUUCGCGCCCGCCGAGGAGGAGGAGACUCUACUAAUCUCAACUUGAAUGCUUUACUUAUAAUGAAAAUAAUCUCCUAAAACUUAAAAGUUGUAUUUUGUAAGUUUUUGUUUUUCAUCUGUUCAAUGUGCAAUAAAAGUCAGUAUAUGCACAACUUGUAGCUGUGGAUACAAUAUACAGUUUGAAUAUAU